UUCCAGCCUGUGUAGGAGCUGUUCGAAUUGUCAGUGUUAGCAAGGCGCCGGUACCAUAUCUGAUAAAGCCAACAGAUAUCCUCAUGCGCCAACAGUUCGAUAAGCUUCCACUCCCAGUUCCUCUUUGAAUCCUUUCGUCCUAGUCGGCGCGUUCGUCAUUGCCAUCGUUACGUUGUACUUGCGAUGAUUGCCCCAACACCCAAACCCGAGGUGACUCUCAUCGAGCUCACCUCGGAUGAGCUUAAGAGCAAGACCAUCGACUCCCACAACUUGCAAGCGGCGGUCGAAGCACUGCACCGAGAUGGCAUCGUCGUGCUGAAGAAUGCUGUCUCAAUCGAGCACCUCGACAAGCUCAAUGCUCGAAUGGUACCGGAGGCAAAGCAACUGUACGCGAAAGCUACGACGCAUCGUAACUUUGGCGAAGCUACCGGCAAUAUCCAACAAGAGCCAGUUCCGGAGCCCGAAUAUAUAUUCGAAGACGUCAUCGCCAAUCCAUGGGCAACGAAGGUGAUCGAGUGCAUGUUCGGCCCAAGUCCAACCCUCAGGUUUUACAGCGCCAACACAGCUCUCAAGGCCACCGGUCGACAACCUCCACACAUCGACAUCAAUUUCGAUUUCCCGAAAAUUCCGUUUGGAUACUGCGUAAACAUCAACUUGGUCGAUACCUCCACUGAGAACGGUGCGACCGAGGUCUGGCUAGGCAGUCACGCCGACACAGACGUCAGCGUCCUAGACCCAUCAGUUAAACACAAGCAGAUCCGGGAAGAGCUGCAGGAGGAGAGGCGCAAGAUCAGUCCUCCUAUUCAGCCCAGCCUCCCGAAAGGCUCUCUUAUCAUCCGCGAUUUCCGGCUAUGGCACGCGGGAAUGCCGAACAAGACAGACGAACCAAGAGUGAUGCUCGUAAGCAUUCAGUUCCCGAACUGGUACAGAAGCGAGCAGAAGAUCCAGCUGCCGGAAAGCGUGAAGGGCAAGGUCCAAUGGGGUAGCGUGGUGCCUUGCGUGGACUGGAAGCCUGAUGGUUACGACUACCUGAAGGGAUCGCACGACCUUGACUUCUCUCUCAAGCCUUGAUCACAGAAUGGGAUGAUUUUGUCGCGCUCCGUAGGUAGUAUCAUGCAAGAUCCACUUCUCGGCCUCGCCGUCGUAGAAUGACUUGAAUG